AUGUCUGCUCCUGCUGAAACUGAACAAGGACAAGCGUCCUAUUGUCCUGUUGGCUGUAUGCCUGCUGAAGAUGAUAGGGGUAACUGUACAUUUUUGAUGUCAGCCUAUAUACUUGCUGGUCUUGCUAUGAUGCUUAACAUUAGACUCUCAUACAGUUCUGCGCCAUAUGCACUCAUUAGAUUUAAGUUACCUGAGAACCUUUUCAGUGUAUUUGUUAGAAGAAUGGCUAGUUCACUGGAGCUUUGGUGUUUACCAAGUAUGCUUCUUGGUAACAUAAUAGAAAUAUGUCUUAAACUAUACUAUCAAAUACAAGGUUACACUGAAGACGACAACAGCGAAUGGGGAAAACACAAUGGUAAUCUUGUCCUCAGCAGCGGCAACUAUCCAGAUAAACUCACUCAACCCAGACACGAAAAAUUCAACACGAUCAUUAUUCCUUCCAUCGUUACCCAGUGGUUAAACUUUCUAACCUAUGUCAUCCUAUUGAUUGUAUAUCUUGUUGGUGAUGACCAGGGUCAUCUAACUACAUUCUAUUGGACUAUCGCAAUUUCUGGAGUUGUGUUUGGUAUUAAUAUGACCCUGGUCUAUGCUUCUGACUUUAAUUAUGUACCUGUCUAUAUUGCUGGUGAGAACUCAUUUCCAGCUGUCACAUCGGCAAUACACUAUUUGACAACUCUCAUGUUUGGUAAUCGUAGGAAGUGGAACUCUGACUUCAUUGUGGUUUGUGUGGACAUUGUUGUAGCAAUCAUAAUAUCAUUUGUUGCAGCUAUAGUUUGGACAAUAGCUUACCUAGUCUAUGUAGAUGGUCCUACUGCUGGUAAUCUGAAGCACAUAUUUACAUACAAAUUCUCUGCAAAUCCCAAAGCAACUAUGAUCUCUCCAUUUCUAAUGAUAGUUGUUGGUAUGGGUCUAGUCUAUGCUAUUUAUCCCGGUAUAGCACCUGGCAUGAUUGUGCCAUUUUAUCUCAUUGAUAAGAUUGAAAUGGUACUUCUAAUUGCCACCAUAUUUCCACCGGUGAUUGUAGCCGCCCUAAGGAAGACAGCCAAGACUGCUGGUCAUUGGAGUCAUUAUCAAUCACCAAUGUGCAAAUGGGGAGCUGAUGAAGAAGACAAAGAAAGCAAGUGGACCAACACUGGUAAUAAUUAUAAUGGUGGUGCUAAUCAUGCUGCUAAUGCUCAAGACGCUUACUUCUGGCAUGCUUUUGAUAUUCUUAUUGUCCUUAAAAUCACUCUAGCUGUCAUAUUCAUUUAUUCACUUCAUUAUAGAGAUUCUUCGCUAUCCCGUGCUAUUGUAAAUCAACCCAAAAUGUCUACUGCACUCACUAUCGUAUUUUAUAUGUGUCAUGAAUGCUUGUUGGCAUUGGGAUUUCCAGGUCUUGUAGGAGCUAAUGGUGGAGGUGACAUGGUAUUGAUACCACAAUACAUAGGAGCACUGUUUAUGAUCUUCCUUGCAUUUUAUAGUGAAGGCUACAUUAUAGAAUAUAAGAGCCAUGAUCCGGCACACUGGCCCACAGAUGGCAUGACGUGGUGGAACGCGUUCUCCUAUAGGUGUAAAAAUUCAAUAGAAAUCACUAAUAAAAUUUUCAAAUCAGGUUUUGACAAUUAUAGUGGCAAUUUUGUUAAAAUUAUAUAA